ACGGUCGGCUACGGACGUCUACGGCUACGCGCCGCGUCCGUAUUUUCGAGUACGGUCCGUUCGAGUUCUUAUCUAUUGUGCUUCUGUGACUUCAGUAUUUGUUCGACCGGUUGAACAAAUAUUUGUCUGAAUCGUAUUUUGUCGAGUUUCCUUUCGACGGUGGACGGUGUACCUACACGGAAUUGAACUUGUCUGUUUUGUUUUUCAAUUGAGUGGAACUUUUUGUGGAAUUUGUUUGGAGUAGUAAGUGAACCUGCUAGUGCCCAGAGACCUUUAAUAUUACUUUGGAAGACACUGCGGCUUAGCUUGGCUAUACAUACACAAUGAUGAAUCAAACGCGAGACGUCCGAAGUGAGGAGUGAACUGAGAGAAGACUCCAGCAUGCUUCACAGGACCUCAUCUUCACGUCGACGGCGCGCCUCCAGAAGUGCAGCCACCUCACCGCAAGCAAGGUCACCGAGAGCAUCAGCACAACCGUCUCGGCGAGCCUCCUUAGCAGCCACAGAAACCGACGAAGAAAUGGAGCCAACUCCACCUCCACAAAGAAGCCCACGGGCAAGCCUUGCGCCAGAUGUCGCGAUUGACUAUCAUCGGAGCCCACGACACUCUUUGGUCCCUGAAGUUAGAUCAGCCAGAAAUUCUAUAACACCAGAUACAGCUUUACAGCCGAGAAACACUCUGGGACCUUCUAGAAACAACUUAGCUGUCGAUAUGAAUUACGGAUCGAGACUAAGCUUAAAUCCUCAAGACUUCAACAGGAGUCCAAGAAACAGUAUUACUCCAGAUGCCACAGCUAGAAGCCCGAGACGAAGUCUGGUACCAGAGGGUACGUCAUGGAACCAGCCUCGUAACUCCUUGGUGCCAGACGUCGGUAGAAGUCCCCGCCACUCAGUAGCAAGUAUUCAAAUAGACCCAGCUCGGAGUCAGAAGGAUUUAGGUCCAAGUCCACGGACAAGUCCACGAGGCAGUAUAGGACCAGAAGCAGCGUUGAAAAAGGAGAUACAGGAAAUGAAUAGGAGUCCCAGGGGUUCUUUGAUUCCUGAUUCUCAACGAAGUCCUCGAGGAAGUAUUGCACCAUCAGAGAGGAGUGCGCGGGGAAGCUUAGUAACAGGUGAAGGCGAGGCAAGUAGGAUAAGCCCUAGGGGAAGCCUGACGUUGACGUUUCAAGAGCCUUUGGUGUCUAGAGAAAGACGAGCCAGUGAAGACAGUCAGACAGCAGCUACCCGUGGAAGAAGCGUGUCUCCCUACAGAUCCUCGGUGGUUGGCAGGCAGACAGGUACUGGGGCUCCUUCUGACCCUGGCUCACGUCGGGCCUCCAGUUCAGUAAGUCAGGUGUCAGGUGAUGAGCAGCGUCGUCUUUGCGGUGAGCAUGCCAAGUAUAGUGACAGGAGCGGCCUCGGCCUGGGCAUGGGCCUCACCACCUACGGCUCCGUGGCCUAUCAGCUCAAGGAUGCAAAUAUGGAAGCCUCUGGAACUGUCGACUUCAUCUGCAGAGCUGCCAAGAUUAUGAAUAGGACUAUUCUCAUGACCGUGUUCCUCGUCUUCCUGUCGACGCUACCUAUUUUAAUGGUGAUAAUGGGUGUCCACUACAUUCGGGAUUGUCCAGCCCAGCCUCGAAUACCAGUGUACAUGAUAGUAGGGGGCAUCAUGGGAGGGGCAGGUAUCUGUUGGCUGCUGUUUGCGCAGCUGGUCAAUAGAAACUCCAACACAUCAGCCAGCGUGGUUGAGAAGAUCCUCGCGUCAUUACUCUCAAUAUUUCUGCUGGUUUGGUUUGCGUUUGGCAAUUACUGGACCCUGCAAAUCAUGUGGCCGGACUACGCCCCGACGCUGUUCGAGCCGAACCAGUGGUGUCAUAAGACAUUGUACGUGUUCUCGCUGACUCAGCUGGGCGUGGUGUGGGGUCUAAUGGCCCUGGUCCUGCUGCUACUGCUAGCCCUCGCAGUUUGUCAGGUGUUCGGCUGCGGCUGGUUAGGGCCGCCAAGAUACAAGUAGCAACGGCGCAGCGUCGUGCUAGAGCUGUGGCACAGAAACAUCAAUAACACUAUGGACGUCGCGGGCGCCCUGCUGCCCUUCACUCAGGUAGUGCGGCCUGAGCUCACCAUCCACGUACAGGAGGUGCUCACUCAGGCCGACAAGGAAGCAGACGGCUCUAAGCCCAGGAACACGAUCCCAGAAAUAAACGAACCAAGUGAUAAAGACGAUGAAGUUAACCUUAAAAGUGUACAUAUUAACAAAAGUGCUAACGACAAUGGUAGUAGGAAAUACUGUGACAAAAGUGCUAAUGGUAAGAAUAGUGAAGUAAGAAGCUGCGAUGUGGUGACAAUGAAGAACCCAAGGAAGGGCAGCCCUGCCUGAUGGUUGUUGGUCGUGCUGCCAUCGCACGGCAAAAAGCAUGUACAUUUCGAAGCGACAGAUAAGAUAUAUUACUUCUGAAUUCUCACGGAUGAUCUUUCACUGUCGAGCUAAAUGUCGAACUAGUACUUUUUCUUGUUUAAUAACCAAACUUGUUCAUUCAAAAGUCAUGUCUAAAUAUCGGAAAUAAAGUCUAUAAUAGAGUGGGUGAAAGACAAAACUGAUGUCCUCUCAGGGAUUAGAAGUUAGUGCUUGGUAUAAUAAAGAAUAUCGAUUCAUUUCGAACUUGUGGUAAACCCUUCUAAAAACUGUUGAACUUUCAAAAUCAAAUAUAAAUGUCAAGUAUAUCGCUGUAGAAAUAGGACAAUGCUUUGCUUACAAAAGCUAAACAUUGUAUAUAAAUACAACCUACAAAAUAUACCGAUUUCUCCAGCGUUGCUUAGUACAUAACAAGAACCUUUUAAAUCAUUCACUCUACAAUCUAAAUAAAAGCUAAAAAGCAAACCUAUGUGACUGACAGCUGGAAUCCAGACUUAGGAUGAAGAUUUGAUUUUUUAAUAUAGCAUCUAUUCUUCAAGGAUUUAAAGUUGAAAAUACCGUGUUCGAUAUUUACGCUCGUCAGUGUACCGUUGCUUUGUCAGUGCUUGUCAACUCCGUGCUCAAACUGCUUUCUAUAUAAACAUACCUACUUCUUAUAGUAUAUCUAAAAUGUGCAUAAAUAUCAUUAUAGUAUAAAGUAUAUAUGUAUGUGAUAGUAGUUUUAAUUUCUUUAUACUUUGUCUUCAAAUGGUAAAUGUGCUGUUUCUUAAUCGUUAAGAUACAACGAAUAUUUAUUAGUGCUUUUUAUAUUGUAUUGUAAAUAUUUGUAUCAGUAGGUAUGUCAUAUCAGGUAACAUAUUGUAGCAUACAUAUCCUAUAGCGUUAUUAUUGUAUUGUAGAUAGAGCUCGGGAACGGAUUGGGUGGGAUAAAGUGGGUUUUUGUGACUCAAGUGAACCGUAAAUGGAAAUAUGUACAGAAUUAUUCGUGAAACUAAUAUAACAAGUAUUCAGUUAUAACGUAUUGAAAUAUUUAUAACAGUAUUGAUGUUAUCAAGCCAUUUUACCCUAUGAAUAUAAAGGUCCCAUUCAACCGUCCCAUGGGCAUUAUUGGACAUAUAUCGAGAAACACCAUUUAUAUCAUAGAUUGUAAUAUAAAAUAAAUAUUUUGUGUGCACCUAUUAUAUCUAUAUACUUAUAAAUUGUACUAAAUGUCUGAUUAUCGUAAGUGACACAGCCUUGUAGCGUCACUCGAGACAUUGUAAAAAGAGAUGGAAAAAGAAAUAAACAGACAUGAAUAAUAAAUGUACAGAGGAUAAUAUUUUAGAGGAAAAAUUUCACGUCAUUCACAGCUUGUCAUAAGCAAACAAAAAGCUCCCGGAAAAUGAUGGGCUCAUAAUUAAAUUUUCCCAAUUUUUACAAAGUCCCGAGUUUCGAUACAGAGUGUUCACGAAAACUGCAUGGAACAGGCUUUAAUAGAGACUUUAUGUGAAAACAUAUUUUUAUAGAAGAGGAAAUAUGGAAGAUAUGUUUAUAAAUAUUUGUAUUAAUGUGCUUUUAGGUACAAUUCUGAAUACAGCCAGUACAUAACGUAGUGGACUUUUGUAUUUACAUCAAACGAGUUCUUUUUUCUUUUAUACUCAUUGCUGCAUAUGAAAUAUUUUGUAUAAAUGAAAACUCUUUACAAAAAGGUAACUCUAUAGAUUUCUAUAGGCUUUUACAAAUGAAGAGUUGCUUUACUCUUUAUAUUUUGAAUUGGAAAUGGAAAAUACUUUCUUGAUACUGAAAAAGGGUCGUUGUAAAUGCUAAUAGAUUUUGAGUGAAUGAAAAUAUUUGUACCCAUGUACCUACAUAUGUCAAAAUCAUUUCUGA